AUGAAUUUCAACGGUUUAACAAGAACUUUUUCAAUCACCCGUCGACCUUUUGCCAUGCCAAAACGCCUGGGGUUGUCCCACAUCACUGCUGCCUCUUUGGUCGUCCUAGUGUGCUGGCAAAGGUGGAGGUUCCUUUGCUUCGUGCCAAGCCCAGGGCCAAGCGUGUCUCGACGGCAGAGUAUCCGCCUCAGCGCAGCAUCCUUGGGAAUGGGAUGCCUAAGAGAUGCGCAUGCCGCAUCCUGCGAAGCGUGCUGCUUGAAGGACUGGUGUGCCUGUGACCACCGUGUUUGCGAUUGCCAGCAGAUCCUGGAAUCAAACGGGUUCACAGUUCCCCAAGACGCGUCCGCGCUGGGCUCAAGCAACGAUGUCGAGGCUUGGCGGAAACUGCGCUGGAGAUCGGCCAACGUUCCACGCUUCUAUCCUGUCUCUCAGGAGGACAUCAUGGUGCGCAACUCCACCUUGAAGGGUGCGGGUCAAGGUGUGAUUGCCCGACGGAAUCUGCCAAAGGGUAGCGUGUUGCCACCUUACAUGGGUCGAUUGCUCACCUAUCGUGAAGUCGGCCUGCGUGAGUUCAAUGAAGGUAUGGAGUACACAUGGUGCCCUUUGAAGAACGGGGCCGCCAUGCUCAACAUGACGCCGCAAGAGCUGCUGACGGGCCCACAAGCCGCAGACAUGGCUUUCUGUGUUGAUAGCAGAGACUUCGCCGAUGCAACGGAGAAUCCAGGGAGAUACGUGAACGGAGCCAAGAGUAGAGGUCAGUGUGAGCUGGUGAACGUGAAGAUGUGUGAGCUUGGACGAGUAAUGUACUUCCGGACUACCAAAGCUGUGGCUGCCGGAACGGAGUUGAUCACCAACUAUGGUGGAGAUUAUUGGGACUUCGAGGGAUGUGGGUUCGUGCCUGCUUGGUGA